UGCAGGCUGGUGUUUACGGGGGGCGUGGCUCAAACUCGUGCAGGUGUGUCAGGUGACCGCGCCCAGGUGUCAAAGUCACCGUGAGCUCGCACCUGGAACAGAUUCACCUGCGGCACACGCGAGGAAACAGAUCGUGAUCCGGACUGAACGUGUGUUGGAAAGUGAGUUUAAGAAUCCUGCAGAAAGUGAUUGACCAGAGUAACAUCAGUAUCGGAGAUCAACUGACAGAAAGUCAACCGGGGAUAAUCUACGUGAACCAACAAUCGAGAUCUGAAGGAGACUACAGAAGGAGGUUGUGAGCGGUCAGAUAUCUGAUCUCGAUCUUCAGCAGUGAGAGGCAGAACGUCCCCUACAAAGAGCACUCGACUUUGAGACAUUUGUGAGCUGCAGAAGUGUAUUGUGGGUAUUUUAUGGAGCUUUGAACAACCUGCAGUAAGAAGACGAUCAGAAAUACAGAUACAACACACACAAAUUCAAAUCUACUGACCAACGGGAUGCCAGGAAUGAGUUCACAGGAAACCAGCAUGAAUUCAGACUGCAACGGGGAUAAGCAGCAAGUCAGUACUCCAUCUGAGGACGAACCCACGACCCCUCAAAUCCGAACAAACCCGAAGUACCAGCUCUACCUGGGGUCCAAUGAUAACAGCGGCUCUAACGGUUCAGUGGGGAAGAGCAGCUCACUUAAUGGCGGAACCAAAGGAAACCUUCUGAAAAUCAGUUCAGCCAUGCCCGGAUCAAUGGAGUCACUGUCGUCACGGGACUGGGACAGCAUGUCUGACAGAACAGGUGGAUUUGAAAGCCCUCCCAGAGUAUUUAACAGUCCGUAUGCAACGAUGUCAUUGGACUAUAAUCCCUUAAACAAAAUGUCUGAUUAUAAGCAGACACUGGAAGUGAUGUCACCUGCCGUCUCAGAGAUGAACCUGUUUGGUUUAAACAGAAGUGUGAGUCCCGUUCGCAGUCCAGUCAUGGCUCAUCGCUCACGCAUUACCAACUACGAAAGUCUCACUCGAAGACGAGAGCCCCCACCAGGUCAAUUACUGCAGCGAAACAACCAGCCAAACAAACGUGAUUUCAUCCAGGAACUGACCAAACAACUGGAGGACUGUCAGAGAAGGAAUCAGUUUCUCGAGGCAGAGAGAAUCGAGAUGGAAAAGGAGAGAAACCAGAUCCGCUUUGAGAUGAGGGGUCUGCUGGUGAAUAAUGAAGAUCUGCUGCGCACAAACACACAGAUGCAGGGAGAGAUGAGCCGACUGAGAGAGAAGAUCGUUGAGUUAGAGAGCAACAACAACGUCCUGAUGGAACGCUUCAAACAGAUGGAGAAAGAGCUGAAGGAGGCUCGAGAGGUGAUGGUAGAAGCCAACACACAAGAAUACGCCUUCAACUUCCUGCAACAGUCACUCAAGAACAAAAUACAAGACACAGAGGAUGCUCUGGAGAAACAGGCGCGGCACGCUCAGACUCUGUCUGAGAAAUUGUGGCUCGCUGAACGCAGUCUAGAAGAACUGGAGGUGGAGAAAGAAACUAAAGCCAAGAAAGCUUUAGAACUCAGUAACAGUGUGUUCAGACUGGAGACAGAGUUGUCAGACGCUCUGCAGGAAUGCAGUCAUGCUCGAGCUGAACUGAGUCUGCAGCAGAAACUGCGAACGGAUGCGCAGCUGCGUGUGGAGGAGCUGGAGGAGAGCGUUCUGGAGAAAGAUCAAGAGCUCCUGCGUCUCACACAGAUCGUCAGCAGACUGCAGGGAGAGGUGACUGAUAAGUUGAGCGUUCGGGAACAGACUCUAGAAGAGGAGAUUCAGCUGCGUGAACGUGUUCAGCUUCAGUGUAAACAAGCCGAGAGAACUGUGGAGGAUUUACGCAUGGAAAUGCAGACGCUGAAUCAGUCAAGAGACGACCUCGCCAAACAACUCAAACUAGCACAGGAGAAGAUCAUCGAUCUAGAGAGUGAUCUAGAGGAGCUGCAGGAGAACGAGCAGAGAUGGGCGUCCAAACACAAGAGAGCUCUGGAUCAGUCUGAACAACUACAGCUGAAACUCAUUCAGAAGAAAGAUCUGAACGACCAGCUCGAGUGUGAGAAAGUCAUUCUGGAGAGACAGCUGCGUGAUCUGCGCUGUGAGAUGGAGGAACUGCAGAAUAAUAAGGUUGAAGUGGAUUCAAUCACGAGAGCUGAGAUCAAAGCUAAAGAACUGGAGAAUACACUCCGAACAGAGGAGAGGAAUAAAGUGGUGAUGGCAAACACAAUCAGUAAACUUGAGAGGAAGAUUAAUGAACUGACAGAACAGAUGGAGGAAGAGCACAAGAUCUCUGCUGAACAGAGAGAGCUGAUGACUCAGCGUAUCCGUUCACUGAAGCGACAGCUGAAUGAGGCAGAGGAAGAGGCGAGUCGACGUGACGUUCAGCACAGACACACACAGAGAGAACUGAUGGAGGAGAGAGAAGCUAACAGCAGACUGCAGAGACAACUACUGGACCAACAUAUGCAGUUCAAGAGGAAAGAGUCGAGACAGACGUUGGAGAACCUGAAACUGGAUCUGAGUGUGGAAGAGGAAGAGAUAGAGGAAGAGGAAGAUCAGGAGAAAGAGCCCACAUCCACAGAGAAGCAUGUGAUGCAGGUGUGACACCCAACCAAAACAAACCAGAACUUUCAGAUAGACCUAAACAAACACAGGCCAACGAGACCACCAGCUGAGACCAGACCUUUAUUAAGCGUAAGACCAGCGAUCAAGUGUACACGUCCUACUGUCAAGCUUCUCUAAGUUUUAAGAGUUCCAGUGUUCGGUGCGGAGACAUGACCAGAAAAGCACAUCACAGAAAAUACUUCAGUCCAAAACCAUUUCCUGUACUUCAUAGAAAUCCAGAAUCACAGAUUAAUGUCACCGCCUGCUUCAUUAGAACUGAACACAAGAACAGACUCUAAUGUUCUGAAUAUACUUGUUGCUAGUUGCACUAGAGAUAUAUUUCUGUAAUAUACUUUAAAGGAAAUCUGCUCAAAACUCCCUUUAUCCAGUUAAAAGAGCUUCACUGCCAGAAACUAUACUGAUGUGCAUAUGUUCUCUGAUUACAUCCGUUUACAGUAAGCUAUCUAUUAGUUUAUUGGUUAUCCAACUACGUAUCUAUUCCGUUGUUUUUCUGUCUAAUUGCUGUAUAGUCUUUGUUUACAUAUGUUUCGACACAAUAUAGCUAUAAACAGAUAUUCACUAAGAAAUGUGUGUUAAUCUGAUAUUCUGCUGAUCAUUCCCUAUAUAAGAUUUGAUGUAUUUUAGGACUUUACAACAACAUUUGACCAUUGAACUGACCUGUACUGAAUGGAUUUCUCUGGACAUAUUAUUUCAGUCUCAUUUUGUAUGUAAACUUGCAUGCAUUCAUAACAGAGAUAAAUAUUCAGCUCUUGAUCCUGGGUGUAGCUGAUAUUACUUCUGCUGAAGGAUAUUGACCAGUUAAAAUUGCUGAACAGUAUAGAUGUUUGUGUUAAGGUGAACUGUAGUAAACUCAAAAAUAAAAACAAUUGUAUGUGUCCAAAAGACAUCGUAAAUGAUGUUUUUGUCUGUAGUUCUAAGUUUAAUGUGGAACUAGAAAGCAGUAAUAAAUAUUCUAAACUACUA